AUGGGGAAAAUGUGGCUGCAAUCACUCGUCAAACAAUUUUCAUUUGUCGCCAGCGCUCUAUCCGCUGUUCAGGCUGCACGAUAUUCGAGUACCACAGAGGCUAGAAGAAAACAACGUAUCGAGAUGAAGUCACGACUACCAGCAGAUAUGCACCUUCCACUUACUGACGUAGAUCAGCAAGCUGUAAUUCUACUGAUCCUUUACCUGAUUUCCGUAUUGCUUCUGAUAGGUUCGUGUAUCUUGAUCAUUGCUUUCGACAAAUUUGCAUUGCGCGCAGUACGUCGAUCGAUUUGUUUUUUCUGUUGUUGUCUGUACGGUUUUGGGCGACUUUGGCAGAAACGUCUUGACGGUCGACUGUACACAACGGAUGAUGAAGAUGACAGUGGAGAUGAAUUGUGUUGUUUCAAAGUGACCGAAUCGGUUAGACAAAAAAGUCUCGUAACAAUGAGUACCUAUCACAAAAAGAAACGCGCUGAGCAUGCGUUCUCCAUGUUAUCAUCCGGAACAAUUAGCAUUGCCGAUGAUCAGUCCGUAGGUUCAUCUGUUCAGUCUCGUUUGACCUCAGGACAAACUUUGUCGCUUCCAAUCGGGAAGAAUUAUAGGCUGAAAGAUAACGUGGUGAAGGUCCGGCUGGAGUUCCUGGCGGACUUGGCCGCCUACAUGAAUGCACGCACGACAGCGCAGCUCACAAGUGAUAUGAGUUCAACCUCGGACACAGAAAGCCUUGCCUCACAAACAAGUCAAACAACGCAAAAAAUGUUGGAAGAGCCUAGACGACGGGAACAAAGCCUGUAG